AAGCGCGUCUCUAAUAUCUGCGUGUGGUGCGUCAGUGCCUCAGUGGAGCUAGCAAACCAGCUCACAAAAAAUAAAGAUGGCUGACGUGCCGGACAUUGACUUGUACGCCGACGAUCUGGGGGAUGAUUUUCAUGGCGAAGGUGACGAACAAAUUGGUGAUGGGGUCGACUUGUACGACGACGUCCUAACUUCAACAACAAGCAUCAAGCAGGAGACAAAUGGAAAAGAGAAGAUCACCACGCUAUCUUCUCACACAUCGUCCAACUCUCUACAUGGCUCAUCUUCGUUGAUUGGAGCACCACUUCAGCUACACAGCAACAACUCAUCACAAUCUAAACGAGUCCAGCUCUAUGUGGGCAAUCUCACCUGGUGGACAACAGAUGCUGACGUGGAGAACGCUAUCAGCGCAGUUGGUGUCCAAGACCUGGUGGAGGUGCGCUUUCAUGAGAACCGAGCCAACGGACAGUCUAAAGGCUUCUGUGUCAUCACCGUCGGUUCGGAGAUCAGCGCUCGACAAUGUAUGGAUAAGCUGCCCAAAAAGGAGCUGCAUGGACAGACGCCCAUCGUCACCUUCACAUCUAAACAAGCACUCAAUCAGUUUGAGGCGCAAUCAAAGAGCCGACCGUCAAGACAAUCAAGUCCUCCACGCAGUACCGGCUCUGCACCGUCUGGCGUCCCAUCGUUAACGGUCGGACUGUUGGGUCCUCCGCCAAUGAAUGGACCUCCACCAAGGAUGAUGAUGGGUCCGUCAGCCUCAUCAUCUGGGCCACCACCUUUAACCAGCCUCUCCUUACCUCCGCCACCGUCAGUGCGUGGUCCGCCAACUCCUGCAGGCAUUCCCGUUCCACCACCGACCCAUCACUUGCUUCCACAUCCUGUCAUGUCACCCACGGUGGUACCGAGAGGUCCUCCACCCGGCCUGGGGAUGCGCGGGCCUCCGCCUGGCAUGGAUAUGAAUCCUCAUCGUAUUCCUCCCCCUGGUAGUGGCCGACCGGAAUGGGCCAAUAUAGUUCAACAGCCAGCACCGCAUGUUAAUCCUGCUUUCUUCCCUCCACCCGUUGCCGCUCCUCCUCCCGGCUUCCCUCCUCCAAUCGGUCAACCACCACCAUUCAUUACUGAUACUCGGCCACCUCACACCAAUGAUGCCCCUAGCAUCAGCGAAGCUGAAUUUGAAGAAGUAAUGGGGCGCAACCGAACAGUCUCUUCAUCCGCCAUCGCUCGAGCUGUUGCUGAUGCUUCGACUGGGGAUUAUGCCAGCGCGAUUGAAACCCUGGUGACUGCCAUUUCACUGAUCAAACAGUCAAAAGUGGCGCACGAUGAGCGCUGCAAGAUCCUAGUGUCUUCGUUGCAGGAUACGCUGCACGGCAUUGAGGCAAAGAGCUACGGUUCACGAAGAGAUCGGUCGAGGUCGAGAGAUCGCGAAAGGAGAAGAAGGCGUUCGCGCAGUCGAGACCGUGAGAGGCCCAGUGAACGGGACAGAGAUCGAGACCGCGAGAGAGAUAGAGACAGGGAUCGUGAUCGCGAGCGUGAACGAGACUACGUUGAACGUCCGAGGGAGAGAGAACGUGAUCGCGAUCGCUCUCGUAGUCACGAACGAGACUACCGUGAAACGCGGAACCCACGAAAUUACGAAGAACGGUAUUCGUCUCAUGAUGAAACUAGGAGAGAGUAUGGCGGAGGUAGUCGCGGCGGAGGAUCGGAUCGUGACAAGGACCGCGAAAGGGACGGUGGUGGUGGAAGUAUGCGAGGAGGACGAGGAGGUGAUCCGGGGAUGGAUCGGGAGCGUGAACUUCGUUCUCGAGAUGACCGAGAAUCGCGCAGCAUGAGACACUAGAAGGCAACAAACAUAUGAUAAGAAGUUAAGUAAAAAGUUGACUCUUUAAUAUCCGUCAUUAUUCAUAAUAUUUCAUUUUUUUCCCGCGCUUGUGUCGCGACUUGGUAGCAUUUAAACACACGUAUGAUCCAUGAUUUUUUUUAUUUCGUUUAAUAUUUGCUUCGGUGUGUCACUCUCCUCCUCCCAAGUCCCUUCAACUUUCGCGAAACAAUAAAAAUUUCAAUU